GUCAUGAAAGAAUAAUGUGUGUGUGUCUGUUGUGAGUGAGUAUGUGUAUGUGUCAUGUGUGCAGGUGGCGUCAGGGGAGCUAUUGAAUAUGAAGUGCUCUGGUAUUUAUAUGAAACUGCUCACUGGUUUCAAUGACCCAUCAGGAAAUAUGUGCUUGUAUGAGUGUGCUUAAUCCACGCUCAUUUGAAGUGGGCCGGUGCUGCUUUCUCCCCCUCCCUCCUCGUCUCUCUGUUCAUAUAACCGGGCUGCCUCCAGACAGCCUUUGCCCACUUGCCUCGCCGGUCCUGAGCACACAAAGGUGCAGCACGUCUCUGAGAAUGAGUACCUUCUCGGAGACGGUGUGGCUCUGCCUGGCUGUCACCGUAGUGCUGGGAGGACUAGCUCUUGGCAAUCUCAGAAAGAUCCCAGGGCAGAUGAGGAGAAAGGUGGUCUGCCUGGCGGGCCUCUGGGGAGGGGCUUACCUGCUGUUCAGCCUGUCCCUCUCCUGGGGCUUGAUCCUCUUCUUCCUGUCCUGUGUCCUCACCUACACUUACUUGUCUGGUCAAGAGUUGUUACCUGUGGAUCAAAAGGCGGUGCUCAUCACAGGUGGCGAUUCCGGAUUUGGUCAUGCUCUAUCUAAAUAUCUAGAUGAGCUUGGCUUCACGGUAUUUGUGGGAGUUCUGGAUGAAAAGGGAUCAGGAGCAGAGGAAUUGCGAAGAACCUGCUCCAAGCGCCUCUCUGUGCUCCAGAUGGACAUCACCGACCAGCAACAGAUAAAAGACGCCCACAGCAAAGUGGUGGAAAAGUUGCAGGACAGAGGAUUGUGGGCUGUGGUCAACAAUGCUGGGAUCAUUUGCUUACCAGCCGACGGAGAGCUCAUUCCCAUGACUGACUACAAAAAAUGCAUGGCUGUGAACUUCUUCGGGGCUGUGGAGGUCACAAAGGCAUUUUUGCCUCUUCUUAGGAAAUCGAAGGGCAGGCUGGUAAACAUCAGCAGCAUGGCAGGGGUCCCAAUGGAAAAGCUGGCAGCCUAUAGCUCAUCCAAGGCGGCUCUGACCAUGUUUUCAGCAGUCAUGAGACAAGAGCUUUCCAAAUGGGGAGUUAAAGUCUCUGUCAUCCAGCCUGGAGGCUUCAGAACAAAUAUCGCAGGCACAAGUGAAAUGUGGAGUAAGCUGGAAAAGAACAUCCUGGACCACCUUAGCUCUGACGUGGAGGAGGACUAUGGCAAGGAUUAUAUCCUCCAGCAGCGGAAUUAUCUGAAGUCAAUCAAUAUAAAAACCAACACGGAUAUAUCCCCUGUGCUCCAGGACAUCCGACAUGCCGUGUCUGCUAAGAGCCCCUUUGCCUUUUAUGCACCGGGGGCAUUGGCUUAUUGUUUGCUCUUUUUUGUUUCCUUUAGUCCUACUGGCAUAUUUGAUUAUUUUAGCAAAAAAUUGUGUGAAGUUAGAGGGAGUAUGCCCAGAGCACUCAUUAAGCAGCCCUAACUGAAGAAUAAGCCAUAUGGGCAAAUAUGUGGGAAAUGUUAGUCUUGAAAUGAAAGGGAAACUUGAACUUCCCAUUAAAGUUGUGGUUUCCUGGGGCGCCUGGGUGGCUCAGUCAGUUGGGUGUCUGCUUUCAGCUCAGGUCAUGAGCUCCAGUCCUGGGAUUGAGCCUGCAGAGUCAGGCUUCCUCCUCAGUGGGGAGUCUGCUUCUCUCUCUCUCUCUCUCUGCCCCUCCCCACUGCUUGUUAUCGCUCUCUUUCAAAUAAAUGAAAACUUAAAAAAAAGUAGACAAAGCUGUGGUUUCCUACCUUGCGUUCCCUGUGAAUUCUGUUGGUUGAAUAGGACUUGGUGGUGAGAAGGCUGGUGGGUAGAAAUGACCACCGUGAAGGGCAUUAAUUGAGUGCCUACUCUGCAUGGAUACAUUUCAGAUAUUCUCUCAUCCAGUUCUCAUCAGAGAACCAAGGUAGGUAUCUCCACCCCUAUGUAACAGGUAAAGGAAUUAAGGAUCAGAGAGGGUAAGUUGUUAGUGCAUUGUCACAUUGCUGGCAAAGGCAGUUAGAAUUGAAAUCCAGGUUGGACCUCACUGCCUGCCAGGAGAGGAGGAAGAGGAAGAGAUGGUGGGAAAAAUGAGGUAGAGAAGGAAAAAGAGGAGGAGGAACUGGGCAGGAUCACAGUCAAAAGGCGUUUUUUUCACUGUGAAUUGAUAACCUGCUGUACCUACUGUAUACAAGGUACUAAUUCCUGUAUGUAAUCAAUGCUCUGUGCACCUCCUCUCCUUUCCUCUACCUGGAGCCCUGGAGAUAAUAGGAUGAGAUCUCCCAACUCAAGCAGGGCCCCAGAGGCCUUUUGGCAGACCCACAGCAUGUGAGUUGCUGGCUUGGUGUCCAUAGUAGCCAUCACUUUUACCUCUAUCUGAGCAUCCCAGAAUAGAAAACCCAGCAUCAUUACCUGGAGAAGCCAGCCAAAGGGAGCAAGGUCAGAUACCAAGAGAGGUGGGGUCAAGUUUACCAGGGGGAGGUAAAAGUAGGGGGAGCUGGUGAACAGAGGGGAUGUAAAAGGAAUUAGAAAAAAUAGCAGUUUGACAUGAGGGAAGCAGAGGUCCAGACAUCGCAAACCUCUCUUUAGCCCCUUUCCUUCCUAGGUUGUGUAGGUUCUUUUUCUAUGUUCCAAUGUCCUGGAGAUUUUAGGGAAAUAGAUAUACUGACAAUGCUCUGCAGUUUCCCCUCAAAAGAAAAUAAUAAGAUGGUGAGAGAAAUAGUUAUGAUAGUAUUAAUAUGAUAAAGUUUUAAUGGCUAGUCAUGCCAACUGCCCGGUAGUUCUCCAUUGCUUUUGGAGAUAACAGUUGUCAAGGCCAAAGCUUUCAUUUGCAUACUUCAGAUGUUGAGAGAUUAAAGGGUUUGUAUAACCAGAAUUUGAAGGAGGACUGAAGACUAUGUGUUUCACUAUAAGCCUACAGUUCUCAAAGUGAUCCCUGGACCACAGCAUCAGCAUCACCCAAGAACUGAUUAGAAAUGCAGAUUCUCAGGAGCCAAUGCAAUCAUAUUUUAGGUUCCCAUGGCUCCUGUAACAAAUUAUGAAAAACUUAGCAGUUUAAAACAAAAUGCAUUUAUUAUUUUAUAGUUCUGGAUGUCAGAAUUCUGAAAUGGCUCCUAUAGGGCUAAAAUCAAGUUGUCAGCAAAUCUACAUCCCUUCUGGAGGCUCUAGGGGAGAAUUCAUUUGUUGUUUCUUCCAGCUUCCAAAGGUCUCCUGCAUUCCUUUGCUUGUGGCUGCAUCACUCCAACCUCUGCUUCCUUGGUCUCCUCUCUGACUCUGCUUCCCUUUUAUAAGGACCCUUGUGAUGGCACUGGGCCCACACAUAAUCCAGAAUAAUUUCCUUAUCUCAAGAUCUUUAACUGAAUUGCAUCUGCAAAGUCCCUUUUGCCAUAUAAGGUUACAUGGCUGCAGGUUCCAGGGAUUUAUGUACCAUUAUCAUUACUAGGGAGUUUUAUUCUACUGACCACAUGCACUGAAUUGGAAAUUCUGGGAAUGGGCCUAGAAACUUGUUUUGUACUGAACCCUCCAGGUGAUGCAUACCCGUAUUUGAGAACCUCUGCUCUAGGCCACAGAGUAAGCAGUCUGGCCACAGAAGGAGGGGGAAGAUCUCUGAGGACAGUGAGGGUGGGAGUGGGCUGGAGACAUCAGGUUAAGUCCUGAGUGUGGGGCCUGCUUUAUGUUCUGAUGGAAACUCCAUGAGGCUUGCGGCUCCCCAAGCCUCUAUUGGUGCUCAAUACAGACCCGGAAGAAUCUGAGGAUCCUGAUCAGAGAAGCUCCUAACUGGUUUCCCCCAGGAGGGCUUCCACAUUGCCUUGUGGUUACCUGGGAGGGAAGUAUACCACAAGGUGGUCUAUUUAGCUAGAGAAAGACUGCUAACCUCUUCCCACCACUCCCAUCUUGACUCCCUGGGGUCUGGGUGGGAGUGGGGAGGUUUGGAAAAGACUCCAGGCUCCUGGAGACAAUAGGGGAAAGAAGUAAGAAUGAAGUAUCAGGGUACCUGUGGGGCAGGUGGGCAUCUGCUGCAGUAGAGGCCACCUGGUGGACAGCCUUAGUCUUGCAGCUGAAGUAAGGAUGAGAAAUCCAAUGGAGCCAAGUGAGUAGAGACGAUGCAAAUACACCAACCCUUAUGAACCCAGAUUCUGAGGACAAGAGGAGAAGAGGAGAGAAUCUUGUGUGCCACUGCAUGUUCAUUGGGAAGACCGUGUUUUAAACCAGCAGAGAUUGUUACCUGAAAGUAUCAAUAAGCAUUAAAAUAUAUUUCUUUUCUUUCUUUUUUUAAAAGUAGGCUCCAUGCCCAAUGUAGGGCUUGAAAUCAUGACCCCAAGAUCAAGAGUCACAUGCUCUACCCACUGAGCCAGGCAGUACCCCCAAACAUAUUUCAUUUUAGCACAAUAUUUAUAAUUUCUCAGAAAACAAGAGAGACAAGUAUUACAUAUAAAACACCUCCAGGCCCUGCCCAUGUCUGCCCAGUAUUGGUGUCCCUGGUUUACCUUAAGAAACUGGAGAGGUAAUGACAGAGGGGAGCCUUCAAUACAUCCACAACUUGACAGCAUGGUGAACAAACAGGUGAUUUGACAACAAGACUCUUGGCAAAAAGUAUUUCAUGCACCCACUUCUGCUCUUCUGCUCAAGGGCAGGAUAUAAUGUACAUGUAAUACCUGGUCACACAGCACCAUACGCAAAUUGCAUACAAAACCUCACCCACUGCUCUUUAAUUCUUCCUUUUCUAUAUUUUCUCAAUGCUGGAAGCAGGAAAGUGGGUGAACCUUACAACACACCCAGGGUAAGAAAGAGGAAAUUGGAAAACAUUCAGUGAAAAUAUGAUUUCUUUACUACAUGAGGAGCUGAUAAGUGCCUACAAAUAAACUUUACUGUAUUAUUAGAAUGGAACAUUACAUUUCAUCCAUUUCAUUAUUGGUGGUAAAGACCAUGUUUUGGAAUGCUAUUCUGGAUGGUGCAAUUCUGAGGAAGAAUAAAUUCAUACAAACAGCUCUGUGGAGUGGUGGCACUUUCUGCUCUGUGGAAAUCCCCAGUCCAGUGAACCACACAGAGUGGUUCACUCAGGGGCUUAGGACAACUGCUCUGGAGUGGCUCAAAAUAAAGUAUUUCUCUACCCAUUUGUCUUGUACCCCAAUAUUUCCCUCCAGGAUCUCAGGUUUGGGGAUGACAUGGCAGAACUGGAUGGGUGUUUCUGAGUCCUGGUUCAUUCCCAGCUCAGAAUUCACAUCAAGAAAUAAGAAUCACAAGGAAGGGAGAUUAGAAACUAAUUUGGAGCCUGAAAAUAGGGAGACCUCAAUAUGUUUGUUGUCUGAAUUUGCAUACUCUGCUGCCUGUUUGGUAUUCCUUUUUGGGGGAUUUUGUCAUUCAAGAGAUCCUAUCUCUCCACCAUAGAGGUAGUCAUGUGACCUAGGCUGGCCAAUCAACUUAUAUCCUUGGCUCCAGAGAUUGGUGCAGGGGUAGACUCCUGACCCAAGAAGAACCAGUCAUGGCUCACAAUAGUGGAAGAAUUGCUAAGGCAAUGGGAAGAAAAGGGUAUCCAUGUUAACUGAAGCUUCUAGACCCUACCAAGAGCCCACCAACAAUGAAGCCAGGAUAGAGAAAAAUGGAGCAGAAUGAUGAAGAAAAACCAAGGUCUAAUAACAAAGUUUGAGAUCUAACCACACCUGUAGAUCUACCAUUCAGAUUGAUUUCCAAGUUGGGUGAGCCAAUGCAUUUCCUUUAAACUAUUUCAAGUUGGCUUUCUCUCUUUUGCAACAGAAUUAAUUCCUAACAAAUACACUCUCUAGGGAAGAGUUCAGUGAAAAACAAGGAAAAUAAUGCUUGACAGAGAAAAUAGGUGUGGUUACAGUGUUCUAGGGGAGAGAGAAAUUGAUGAGACUAAGGAAAAUGAGACAGAGUGGGUAUUACCAUUCAGCGGCCCUCUCCUACAGAAAAGCAAUUUUUCUAUUAAAAUAUCUUUUAAGUUUUUUUUUUUUAAGAUUUUUUUACACAGUCUGUGAGCAUGGUGCCUCUGGAAUAAGGUGAAAAGAAAAAAUCCUUCCUGAGCCUCAUGGUGCAAACCAAAUAUUUCAGCUGAUCACUGGCAGUCCUAAACUGUUGGAAUGAUGUUUGGCUAGGAUAACAGUGUAAGGUACAUUGUGUCUAAGUGAUAAGACAUUCUGUCCUGGUUCAUAAUAAAACAUUUUUACCAUAUUGCAAAAUAUAGAGAUGACUAAAGUGAGAAUCUCAGCUUACCAUGGGAAACAGGAAGAUUAAUAAGCAUACAGCAAACUCAAGGCUUUUGUCCUAAAUUAUUUCACUUUCAGAUUAUUCCAUUCAUACUCAGGAUGUUCCAGUGACCCUGCAAAUUUUACCUGUUUAGCUCUAUUUUCUGUGCUUCUUCCUAUUUUCAUACUAGGUAAUGAUCCAUUGAUGGGUAUAAUAUAACCUUUCUCUUUGGCACUGUCCUCUGUUUUCUCUCCUGACUAUUCAAAAUGAAUUCCAUAGAAAGUAGGUCCUAACUUGAAACAUAGUAUACUUUGGUCUGGGUACAAUUUCUAGGUAAGACAUGUUUGCACAAAAAAAUUUCAUUGAUAAACACAAAAUUCACACUUUCAUCUUGAAUACCCAUGGUAAAUAGCAAAAACAGUUCUGGAAAAUCAUCAGAGGUCUAUUGGUCUAAUGACCAAUACAUGUCAUUGCUAUUGUAACAUUGGAUUUUUUUUAAAGAUUUAUUUAUUCAUGAUAGACAGAGAGAGAGAGAGAGAGAGAGAGAGAGAGAGAGGCAGAGACACAGGAGGAGGGAGAAGCAGGCUCCAUGCCGGGAGCCCGAUGCGGGACUCGAUCCCGGGACUCCAGGAUCGAGUCCUGGGCCAAAGGCAGGUGCUAAACCACUGAGCCACCCAGGGAUCCCCUAACGUUGGAUUUUUUUGGGGGGGCGGAGGGCAGAUGUUGCCCAGCAUCUAAUUACCUUCCUAUUGGAAGCCAUUCCCCAUAUGUGAGAAGUUGGUGGAAAGCAAUGCUUUCCUCCAACUACAGAAGCCAGGAGAUCUAAAUCCUACCUCUGCCCACUUCUCAGCCUCUAGGAUUUGGGUAUAAUGAACAAACCUUAUGAGCUUCCUAGGACAUGGACUGUUAAUUGAGGCAUGUGAAGAGUGAUGGUGACUGUCUCCUACAAUGAUAGUUGCGUUUCCUGUUGCUUAGCCUUUUGGAGACAUUUGGUCCUGUUAAUCAAUUUUUCAAGCCUGGUCCUCCAACCUUCCCUUGAUUAUGUGAAAUUAAUAAACAAACAAAUAAACUUUUUAAAAAGACAGAA